CGGAGAGCUCGGUCAGUGUGCGGGACCGAGCGAGAGGGAGUGUAUGCCACUUCCCGGACGGUGUGCUUGUGUGAGUGUUGGCACCCGUGCAUGUGCGCCUUUGCAAUCAGGCACCCUGCCAGUGACUCUUCUGAUAACCACCGCUAAAAUAGACUGUCGUAAGUGCUAGGAGGUGCAUCUGACCCUCACAGCUACAGUGCCCGGGCCUGGCGACAACACCUGGCCCCGGCUGGCCCGUGUGCGACCUCACCUGACCUGACCUUGCCCGUAGACUCCUUUGCCAUGGCGAAUCAACAGUUCUGUUUGAGAUGGAACAAUUACCAAAGCAAUUUGACCCAGGUGUUUGAUCAGUUACUUCAGUCGGAAAGUUUUGUGGACGUGACUCUAUCAUGUGAAGGUAACAGUGUAAAGGCACACCGCAUGGUGCUGUCAGCGUGCUCCCCGUACUUCCAGGGCCUCCUGAGCGAUGCGCCCUGUAGCCACCCCGUCAUCAUCCUGCAGGGGGUCAAGUGGCCGGAGCUCAAGGCCGUGGUGGAGUUCAUGUACAAGGGCGAAAUCAACAUCUGUCAGGAGCAGCUGGGCUCCCUUCUGCGUGUGGCAGAGUCCCUUAAGAUCCGUGGCCUGGCGGAGGUGGACGGUGACGGAGGCGAGUCCGCAGUGCUCACUUCCCCAGCAGCGUCGCCUGCUGCCCGCCCCCUGCACACUAGUCUCGACGACAGCUCGAUCUCGCCCACCCUCACUGCCAUCGCCCGCAAGCGACGCCGCCUCUCUGGCGACGACAUCAGCCGACCAUGCACGCCCGCGACGCCCACCAGCGCCCCCGAGCUGAUGGACGCCGUGCUGGACCUUCCUCCCCCUUUGGGAAACCGAGGGGGCAGCGCUCCCCUACCGGGGUCACCGGUCGGACUCCCUUCCCUGGCUGCUCACCUGCCAGGACCUAUGCCGCCCCCAGCGCCCAUGCCGCACCACCUGCCGCAUCUGCCCCCCCUCUCGCCGCUCCUCAACAUGCACCACAUCCACCGCCACCACACCCCCGACGACUUCGAGAUACGACCCGGCAUCGCCGAGAUGAUCCGCGAGGAGGAGAGGGUAAGAAUCCUUGGUUGGUCGCCUCCCUUGCCCUUUAGACCGGACAACAUGAACCAGGUAGGUGUUAUUUCAGUUGUUCUAACCAGCCCGGAAGAACACUUAACAUCAUACAGAUCAUUUUGUAGGUCUCUCUAAGGGCCGGUAUUGCAUUCUUUUUUUCUUUUCUUUUUAAUUUUUUUGAUUACCUUUUCUUUGUUUCGGUUUGAUUUUGUUCCGUUUACUUUUUUUAAUCAAGUCUCCUUGAAAGGUUUGGAUGAAUGUUAAGUGUUCUUUUGAACACCUAAGAUAAUCCGAAAUCGGUAUAAGACUGAAUAAAAUUUUGAUAAAAUUUCAUGAAGCACUAAGGAAACGUUUAAUUUUUCAA